AUGGCGCUCUCGCGCAACUUGCCAGAGUCAGAUGCUUCAUCUCAGGUGGAUACACCGAUGACGGACGGCAACGAAUCUGUUGCACGUAUUCCAGUCGAUGAACCAGACUACCCUAUGGCGGAUUAUCAAGAGACGCCGGAAUACACGGAUUCCGAUACCAACCCCAACACAACGGCAAGCAGCAUUGCAGGCGAUGCAGCUCAUACUGAUGGACGCAAGAGGAGGUCCGAAGCUUUUCAACUCAGGAAAAGUGUACUAGGCAAACAGCACGGACGAUUGGACGAGUCAAAGGAAGACGAUUCCAUCCGAAGAUUUCGUUAUCUCUUGGGACUAACAGACUUAUUCCGUCAUUUCAUCGAGACAAACCCGAAUCCUCGUAUCAAAGAAAUAUUAGCAGAGAUUGACCGGCUAAACGCAGAUGAGUCUGCCAAAGACAAGGGAUCUUCGCGCAAAGGCGGUGCCAGUGGAGAGAGAAGACGCCGGACUGAGAAGGAAGAGGACGCCGAACUCCUAAAAGACGAGAAAAAGGGCGGGGAGACGGCCACCAUCUUCCGCGAGUCGCCGUCUUUCGUUAAUGGAGAGAUGCGCGACUAUCAGAUAGCUGGGUUGAACUGGUUGGUAUCACUCCAUGAAAAUGGUAUCUCGGGUAUUCUUGCAGAUGAAAUGGGUCUUGGAAAAACCUUGCAGACCAUUUCUUUUCUCGGAUACUUGCGACACGUCUGCGGCAUCACCGGCCCGCAUCUAGUUGCAGUACCGAAAUCUACUCUGGAUAACUGGAAGAGAGAAUUUGCGAAGUGGACGCCAGAGGUCAACGUUAUCGUAUUACAAGGUAGUAAAGAAGAGCGACACGCUUUGAUCACAGAGCGUCUUGAAAGGGAGGAUUUCGAUGUCUGCAUCACAAGCUACGAAAUGAUUCUACGCGAGAAGUCUCACUUGAAGAAAUUUCCUUGGGAAUAUAUCAUUAUCGAUGAAGCGCAUCGCAUCAAGAACGAGGAGUCGUCGCUUGCUCAAAUCAUACGUGUCUUCAGCUCCCGCAAUCGACUAUUGAUCACGGGUACACCCCUACAAAACAAUUUGCAUGAACUCUGGGCUCUUCUCAACUUUUUGCUGCCGGAUGUCUUUGGUGAUUCCGAGGCUUUUGAUCAGUGGUUUUCCAAUCAAGAAUCCGAUCAGGACACAGUUGUGCAACAAUUGCACCGUGUUCUGCGACCUUUCCUCUUACGCAGGGUCAAAAGCGAUGUCGAGAAAAGUCUGUUGCCCAAGAAAGAAAUUAAUUUGUAUGUCGGCAUGUCGGAGAUGCAAGUUAAAUGGUAUCAAAAAAUUCUUGAAAAGGACAUUGAUGCCGUCAACGGUGCUGCUGGCAAGCGGGAGUCAAAGACUCGAUUGCUUAACAUUGUGAUGCAGCUACGCAAGUGUUGUAACCAUCCUUAUCUCUUCGAAGGCGCUGAGCCCGGUCCGCCCUAUACUACAGAUGAACACCUUGUGGAUAAUGCGGGAAAAAUGAUCGUUUUAGACAAGAUUCUGAACCGCAUGAAGAAACAAGGAAGCCGUGUACUUAUUUUCUCCCAGAUGAGCCGUGUGCUUGACAUUCUUGAAGAUUACUGUGUUUUCCGAGACCACAAGUACUGUCGUAUUGACGGUUCGACAGCACACGAGGACCGUAUCGCCGCGAUCGACGAUUAUAACAAAGAAGGUUCUGAUAAAUUCAUUUUCCUGCUUACCACACGUGCUGGUGGACUUGGUAUCAACCUUACUACUGCGGAUAUUGUUGUGCUUUUCGACAGUGACUGGAAUCCUCAAGCUGAUCUACAAGCUAUGGAUCGCGCUCAUCGUAUCGGUCAGAAGAAGCAAGUCGUUGUGUUCAGAUUCGUUACCGAAAACGCAAUUGAGGAAAAGGUUCUUGAGCGAGCCGCGCAGAAACUACGACUGGACCAGCUUGUCAUUCAGCAAGGCCGUGCCCAACAGCAAGCCAAGAACGCAGCGUCCAAAGACGAAUUAUUGGGCAUGAUACAGCAUGGUGCUGCUGACGUUUUCAAGGGCAACGGUGGCAUGAUUGCUGGUGGAAACGAGAUCACCGAUGAUGAUAUUGAUGCAAUUUUGCGAAAAGGCGAAGAGCGUACCGCAGAGCUCAAUAAAAAAUAUGAGAAACUCGGAAUCGAUGAUCUCCAGAAAUUCACCUCGGAUAAUGCGUACGAAUGGAAUGGCGAGGAUUUCACGAACCGCAAGAAAGAUAUCGGUAUCAGUUGGAUCAACCCCGCCAAGCGAGAGCGCAAGGAGCAAUUCUACUCGAUCGAUAAAUAUUAUCGUCAAGCUCUGGCUACUGGCGGUCGCACUGCUGAUCCAAAACCAAAGGUACCCCGUGCUCCCAAGCAAGUCGCGGUUCACGAUUGGCAAUUCUUCCCUCCACGACUGCAUGAGCUACAAGAAAAAGAAACUGCUUACUUCCAUAAAGAAAUUGGUUAUAAGGCAGUCCUUGCGGAGGGGACCGAUGAAGACUUGAGUGAACGUGAAGCUAAUCGAGAUCUCGAACAACAAGAGAUUGACAACGCCGUGCCUCUGACUGAAGAAGAGCAGGCCGAAAAGGCUCAGCUCUCUGAAUUGGGAUUUUCUAAUUGGAAUCGACGGGACUUCCAGCAAUUUGUCAAUGGGUCCGCUAAAUUCGGUCGAACAGACUAUGAUGGGAUUGCGACUGAAGUUGAUAGCAAGACUCCUCAAGAAGUAAAGGAGUAUGCUAAAGUAUUCUGGGAGCGCUACGACGAGAUCAAUGAUUAUCCUAAGUACGUCCGCGUUAUUGAGCAGGGCGAAGAAAAGGUACGAAAGAACACACACCAGCGAAAGAUGCUUCGGAAGAAGUUGGACAUGUACCGUGUGCCACUUCAGCAGUUGAAGAUCAAUUAUACGGUAUCCACUACCAAUAAGAAAGUUUAUUCCGAAGAGGAAGAUCGGUUCCUGCUGGUAAUGCUUGAUAAAUUGGGCAAGGAGGAGGAUAGCGAAGGCAUCCAGCUUUUUGAAAGGAUGCGCGAGGAAAUUCGCGAAAGCCCUCUGUUCCGAUUUGAUUGGUUUUUCUUGAGCCGGACGCCAGUUGAGCUCAGUCGUCGGUGUACUACAUUGCUCAACACCAUAGCCAGGGAAUUCGAGCCUGAGACAAAGGCUAAUGGGGAUACCGGCAAAGGCCGCGGCCGUGAGCGUGGAGACGAGGAUGCUGAAGAGGACGAGGAAGAGGCGCCUGCCAAGAAGAAAUCAAAGAAUGGAGUGGUGAACAAAAAGCUCAAAGGUGUCAAGGCUGGUAGCAAGGGGACGUCAGCAAACACAUCAAGAGCGGCCAGUGUAUCGUCCAAUGUGCAGUCGAGCAAAUCAAAAGGCAAGAAGAAAUAA